UCAAUUAUUUUCAAUAUUUUCUAACUAAUUUGCAUGAACUUAAUUGAAUUGCUCAUUUGAUGUGUAGAUGGCAACAGGCUGUGUAUGAGUUUGGGUGAUGGCUAGUAGGUAAUGAUGUAUGAUAUGAAAUGUUUCUUGGUGGAACAACUUGAGAAACGUAUUAACUGUAUUAACUCAAGCACACUCAGUGGAAAGUAUCUCAGAUCAAGUGACAGCCAAGUGAUCUACAAGAACACACACCAUCAACUUUCCAAACAAGGCUUGGGUGGUUGUAAUGAAGCAGCUAUUCCAAUAUGGUGUCCGCGAAGUUAGUGCUCAAGGCGGCAAAGAUUUCGUCACCGUAACAUAUCACCUUAGGCUCACAUCGAAACAGAGUUUUUGAAUUUGUCGGUGCGACACUUCGCACCAAACUAGACAAAGAUGAAGACCUUAAUUAUUAUAAAGUAUUGUCUGUAGGUGUAAGUUUGAUUUACUGCCUGAAGAGAUGAAAUCAGCAGCCGAUAUUUGAAUGGUUGUUCAAUGUUUUCGACCAUCUAUCUACCAAAAAC